UGUUUUUAGAAGGUCUACAGAACCAGUUGAUCAUUGAUCGUUAGACAGCAAAUUAGAGAAAAAUGGCGACGACCGCGGACCCUGUCAGGGAACAAUCCCUUCAAGAUUAUCGUAAAAAGCUUUUGGAGCAUAAAGAAGUAGAGUCUCGGCUAAAGGAGAUGCGAGAGCAGCUCAAGGACCUCACCAAGCAGUAUGACAAGUCAGAAAAUGAUCUGAAAGCCUUGCAGAGCGUCGGUCAGAUUGUUGGAGAAGUACUGAAGCAACUUACGGAAGAAAAAUUCAUAGUCAAAGCCACUAACGGACCGCGAUACGUGGUAGGCUGCAGGCGUCAGCUGGACAAAAACAAGUUGAAGUCAGGCACUCGCGUCGCUUUGGACAUGACUACUCUCACAAUUAUGCGCUACCUGCCUCGCGAGGUUGACCCACUGGUCUACAACAUGUCUCAUGAGGAUCCUGGCGACGUCACAUACUCCGCGAUCGGAGGUCUCAGUGAGCAGAUCCGUGAAUUGAGAGAAGUCAUCGAGCUGCCCCUUUUGAAUCCCGAACUAUUCCAGAGGGUUGGCAUUACGCCACCUAAGGGAUGCCUUCUCUAUGGACCACCUGGAACUGGAAAAACCCUGCUGGCUAGGGCUGUUGCUAGUCAGCUGGAUGCCAACUUUUUGAAAGUCGUUUCCAGUGCUAUUGUUGACAAAUACAUCGGGGAGUCGGCGCGUUUGAUUAGAGAGAUGUUCAACUACGCUCGUGAUCACCAACCCUGCAUUAUAUUCAUGGAUGAAAUCGAUGCAAUUGGUGGUCGCAGAUUCUCUGAGGGAACCAGCGCCGAUCGUGAAAUCCAGCGAACAUUAAUGGAAUUACUGAACCAAAUGGACGGUUUCGAUUCUCUAGGACAAGUCAAAAUGAUUAUGGCUACUAACAGGCCAGAUACUUUGGAUCCAGCUCUGCUGAGACCUGGAAGAUUGGAUAGAAAAAUAGAGAUACCUCUACCUAAUGAACAGGCACGAUUAGAAAUUCUGAAAAUUCAUGCCGGUCCAAUUGCUAAGCACGGUGAAAUUGAUUACGAAGCAGUAGUCAAAUUAUCAGAUGGAUUCAAUGGCGCUGACUUGAGAAACGUCUGCACAGAGGCAGGAUUGUUCGCGAUACGAUCGGAGCGAGAGUACGUUGUGCAAGAAGACUUUAUGAAGGCUGUUCGAAAAGUUUCAGAUAACAAAAAACUCGAAUCGAAAUUGGAUUAUAAACCAGUGUAACAGAUUCGUCAUAUAUCACCAGUAUAUUCUCGUUUUUCAUAUGCAAAUAUCCGUAUGUACAACUAAUGUGACAUUGAUAAGUAUCCAACACGCAUCUUCUAAAGCGGCAACAUUUUUAUUAUAGAAAAGAUGAAAAUAAAAUUAUACAUGGAAAAUCGA